GAGCGCAGCGGGAGCCGGCCACUCACCUACCCCAGCCGGCGCGAUGUGGCUCUCCGUGGCACUGCUGCUGGCGCUGCUGCUGCUGGUGCUUAGCAGAGUUUACCAGGGGCUGUUCGCUGGCAGCUCCACGAACCCCUUCAAAGAGGACGUCAAGCGGCCACCCGCACCCCUGGUGACCGACAAGGAGGCCAGGAAGAGGGUUCUUAAACAAGCUUUCUCAGCCAGCCUAGUGCCAGAGAAGCCGGACGUGGUGGUGAUCGGCAGUGGCAUUGGGGGCCUGGCUGCAGCUGCUAUUCUGGCCAAAGUUGGCAAGCGGGUCCUGGUGCUGGAACAGCAUACCAAGGCUGGGGGCUGUUGUCAUACCUUUGGGAAGAACGGCCUUGAAUUUGACACAGGAAUCCAUUAUAUUGGGCGCGUGAAUGAGGGCAGCAUUGGCCGCCUUAUCUUGGACCAGAUCACUGAGGGUCAGCUGGACUGGGCUACUCUGUCCUCUCCAUUUGACAUUGUGGUACUAGAAGGGCCCAAUGGCCGAAAGGAGUUCCCCAUGUACAGUGGGAAGGAAGCCUACAUUCGGGGCCUCAAGGAGAAGUUUCCCCAGGAAGAGGUUGUCAUCGACAAGUAUAUGAAGCUGGUGAAGGUGGUAGCCAGUGGAGCUACACAUGCCAUCUUGCUGAAGUACUUUCCAUUGCUCGUGGCUCAGCUCCUCAACAAGUGUGGACUGCUGACUCGAUUCUCUCCAUUCCUCCGCGCAUCCACCCAGAGCCUGGCUGAGGUCCUGCAGCAGCUGGGGGCCUCCCCUGAGCUGCAGGCGGUGCUCAGCUACAUCUUCCCCACAUACGGAGUGACCCCCAGUCAUAGCACCUUUUCCAUGCACGCUCUGCUGGUUAACCACUACAUGAAAGGGGCCUUUUAUCCUCGUGGAGGUUCCAGUGAAAUUGCCUUCCACACCAUCCCUGUGAUCCAGCGGGCUGGAGGUGCUGUCCUUACGAGAGCCGCUGUGCAGAGUGUGUUGCUGGACUCAGCCGGCAGAGCCUGUGGUGUCAGUGUGAAGAAGGGCCAAGAGCUGGUGAACAUAUACUGCCCCAUCGUCAUCUCCAGCGCAGGCCUGUUCAACACUUAUGAGCGCUUACUGCCCGAGUGUGCUCGCUGCCUACCAGGUGUGAAGCAACAGCUGGGGAUGGUGCGGCCCAGCUCAGCCAUGUUCUCUGUCUUCAUCUGCCUGCGAGGCACCAAGGAUGACUUGGGUCUGCCGUCCACCAACUACUUCGUUUAUUAUGACACAGACGUGGACAAGGCGAUGGCGCGCUACCUCUCUAUGCCCCGGGAAAAGGCUGCAGAACACAUCCCGCUUGUCUUCGUUUCCUCCCCGUCAGCCAAGGACCCAGCCUGGGAGGACAGAUUCCCAGGUCGGUCCUCGCUGAUCGCACUCAUCCCCACUGCCUACGAGUGGUUCAAGGAGUGGCAGGAGGAGCCGCAGGGGAAGCGAGGCAGUGACUACGAGGCCUUCAAGAACUCCUUUGUGGAAGCUGUGGUUGCAGAAGUCAGGAAACUGUUCCCACAGCUGGAGGGGAAGGUGGAGAGUGUGACUGGAGGAACCCCACUGACCAACCAGUUCUACCUGGCUGCUCCCCAGGGUGCCUGCUAUGGGGCUGACCAUGACCUGAGCCGCCUGCAUCCUCUGGUGAUGGCCUCUGUGAGGGCCCAGAGCCCCAUCCCCAACCUCUACCUCACAGGUCAGGACGUCUUCACCUGUGGGUUGAUGGGGGCCCUGCAAGGGGCCCUGUUGUGCAGCAGCGCCAUCCUGGAGCGGAACCUGUACUUAGACCUGAAGAAUCUUGGCUCUAGGGUCCGGGCACAGAAGAAGAAGGAUUAGUUUGUUCAGGAUGAGCCAGAGGAUUUUGGCCACCAGCUGGGGUACCUCCCUGGAUUACCCAUAAUGUCUUUCUGCAUCAGUUCCUUGCAUAUGUAGAGCACUCUAGCUUGUUUCUGGUUUCUGAAGAGGCCUAGUACAAAUCAGUCUGACACAGAGGCCCUUCAGCUGGGGCAAGUGCUCUUGUAUCCCUGUGUAACACUUCCUGGCGUAGUGGUUAGGGUGCUGGACUCCCAUGUGGUCGCCAUGGUUUGAAUUCCAGACCCAGUGGCUUGAAACGCUGGGCACAUGUAU